AUGCAAAAAAUUAGUAAAAAGAGAUUUGCUUCAAUAAUUGCAGUGCUUUGCAUAUUUGCAUUUGCUGUACAAAUAUACAAUAGUAACUCUUAUUUAGAAACAAAUGAGGUUAGCUUAUUCAAGAAAAACACUACUAGAAGUUAAUCAUAUCAAUAUGUUGACAAAGGUGUUCACUAUGAAUGUGGUCAUAGCAAAGUUUUAGAAAAAGAAAAGCAAUUAGAUUAACCUUAGUAAGCUUUUGAUGAGUCUCUUUACGGCACUAAUGAUGUAAGCUAUUUACUCCCUGUUGAAAAAGAGUAUAAAAACAUCAGAAUUAAGGUAGAUUAUUCUAACAUUUCUACUCUUUCCCUUGAGACAAGAUAGUAUAUAGUAAAAAAAGUAUUUCCUGCAGUUGUUAGCUAUAUCUAAGCUGUCAUUAAAGUAUAAAGAUUAACUCAACCUAUAAAAGUAGAUCCUGCUUAUAAAGGCAAAACAUGUGGCUAAGGCAAAAUAAAAAUUCCUGAUGAGCAUUUUGAUGGAGUUUAGGAUACUGAUUUAGUUUUUUAUGUUUCACAUCAUUCCUAAGACACUAACCUUUUAGCCUAUUCUAGCUAUUGUCCUUAAGGACAAAACUAUGGUCUAUCAAGUGGAAGACCAACAGUUGCUUACAUGAGCUAUAACUUAAAGUAGCUUGAGAAAGAUAUAAGCUCUAAUGAUAAAAUGGUUUUAGCUAAAUGGAUUUAUAUGACAACUCAUGAAUUAGUUCACUCUUUAGUAUUCUCACCUAACUAUUAUGAUAAGUAUUUACUAGAAAAGAAUCCAGUCAAAAUAAUUGGAGGAAAACCAUAUGUUGUUGCUCCUUCAGUUAUAAAAGUUGCUAAAGAAUAUUAUGGUUGCCCAACUGUAGAUAAAGUAGCUCUUGAAGAUGCGGGAGGUGCAACUACAUUUGGUUUUCAUUGGGAAAGGAGAUACUUUGGAAAUGAAAUUAUGACAGGUUCUUUCUUAUAUGAUAGCAUUUUGUCUAAAUUCACUGCAGCUAUGUUUAGAGCUUCAGGAUGGUAUGAAGUAGAUGAUUCUUUACUCGCAGAGUUAACAUGGGGAAUAGGAGAGAAAUGCGAAUUUUUAGUUGAUUCUUGCCCUAAAAACACAAAAGAAUUUUGUACUAUGCCUGGAAAAAGGUGUAAUUUCGAUUACAUAGGUUAAGGAGUAUGCUCAGACAGCGACAUUUUAUCAAAUAAAUGUAGUUAUUUCUAACCAUCCAAAACUUAACAUUGUACAUAUCCUGAUGAAGAAAGUAGAAAGAUAUAUGAAGUAUCUGGUGGAACUUGGGGUCCUAAUGCCAGAUGCUUCGACACUGAUAUCGCUGCUUCAAGUAAUGUAUCAUCUGUUUGUUAUGAUGCUUAUUGCGAUUUCAAAACAGAAAUUCCUACAGUCAUUUUUAAAGUUUUUAACAAGGAAUAUGUCUGUGAUAACAAAACAAAAGAAGUAGAGAUUCCAGGUAAAGGAAAAAUAAAAUGCCCAGAUAUUACAAGAUUCUGCACAUCUAUUGCUGCAUGUCCAUUAUCAUGUGCAGGAAAAGGUGUUUGUUAAUAAGGUAAAUGCAAAUGCUUUGAUGGAUUUAAAGGAGACGAUUGCACUUAAUCUGUAUGA